AGCCAGUCUCCACCUUUAGUUCCACUGAAGUUCAGGCUGGUUUCUGGCUAUGAGGCUGGAAUCGGAUUUUUUGAGCUUGCAACCAUCCAUGUGCCUCCUGCCAACUUGAACUCAACUCCCUGAUGACUUGAACUCAGCUCCCUGACCUCCUGCUGAUUUGAACUUGGCACCUGCACCCAAGACCCUGGGAGCCACUAGAUGGAGUUGGCCUGUAACUGCUCUGAGUUCUGAGCUCAGUUGGCCCCUCUCCAAGAUGGCUACCAGCCAAUCGCCCUCUCCUGGGUGAGGCCUGAACCCGCAUAACUCACCAGCCGCUGCAGUCUGCUGCAUCAGCUGCUCUGUUCCACUUUCUUGAUAGAGGCCUAGAUCUGGCAUCACCAGUACUCACUGCGAGUCUGCAGGUUCUACCCGACCUGCUGUUCUCAGUCCGGAAGUCAGUUCUGGAAGAAAGGGCUGCUUGCUACCUCCUUCCUCUUUGCUAAAGUCUCUCUCUUCACUGUCCCUGUGGACUUCAAUUCUCCCUUCAGAUCCUUCCUGGGUCUCAGGGGCCCAGUUCCCUCCUUCUCUUCCUCGUUCUGCAGUACACACAAUUCUUAUAGACAUCAGGGCUGUGUGCUGGAGACAGGGCCCAGGCCUAAAAGCCAAGCAGAGAGCUGGGCAGUGUUUGACUUCGCUGUCACCUGUUCGUUACAUGACCUUGAGGUAGAGUUUUCAUGGACAAAACCAGCGCCUGCCCUGUGCGUGCACAGGCAGUGAUUCAUGGGGGCUCAAUAAAUGGUCGUGAUUUCCCUGGUCUUCAAGGAUGAAUGAAAUUUAACUCACAUAACUUUUUUUUUUUUUUGGUACCGGGGAUCAAACUCGGGACCUUGGGCUUGUGAAGUAGGUGGCGGAACCACUGAGCUAAAUUCGUGGCCCCUAACUCACGUAACUUUUUAUCUUGGUGCUUUAUGAUUAAGAAAUUUAUUUUGUCAUUCUGAAAUUAUUUUAGACAUGUCUCACUUUUUUUAGGGGGUAAAAACUCGGGUCCUUGCACUUGCAGGGCAGGCAGCAGCACCACUGAGCUAAAUCCCCGGCCCAAUGUCUCACAUUUUUUAAAAAUCUGUUUUUUUGGAGGUCUUUUUGGAGAUUGAACAGAGGCUGUGUGCUCUGUCACUGACCACGUCCCCAGCUGAAAAGCCUUAGUUUUGGUCCCACCGUAGGAAGGGGAAACUGAACUUUCAAGAAGCAGACCAGCUGCUCCGGCCGUGUAUCCACAGGCAGAAUUAGGGUCCUGUGUAAGUUAAUGACCAAUCUAAUGUUUCUAAAAACUCAAAGCGAAGGGCUACAUCUAUCAAAUGACAAGUGACAACCUUUUGUUUCAGGCUUCCUGUAUGCCAUCAAGAAGGCUGGUUGAGCACGUGUGGUGGUAGGCCUGUAGUUCCAGCACUCUGGGAGGCUGAUGAAGGAGGGUCCCAAAUUCAAGCCCAGCCUGGGCAAUGUAGCAAGACCGUGUCUAAAACCAGAAAAUAAGAAAGGCUGGGGCUGUUGUCAGUGCAGGGGCCCUGGGUUCAGUCCCAGCCUGACUCAUCUGAAGACAGUGUCCUGGCCCUGUGCACAUGCUAGCUGCUCACAGGGAAGACAGGAGUGGCCAUGACACACUGACUUCUUGUGUCACCUAAAACGCUUCGCAAGUAUAAGAUCUCUGUGGAGCUCUGGGGGGCUACAACUUUUUAAAUUUAAAUGUUUCUUUUGUUCAGGGCUGAGGAUUGAAACUAGAGGCCCAGGUGAGCAGCCACCCCUGCCCCCUGCCCUCCCGUGUCUCUUGUUUUUCGACGGGACAGGCAUAGAAGCAGGGCCUCCUGUGUGACAGGCCACAUCUACCACUGAGCCAUGCUUCCAGCCCGUUUGUAACUUCUGAGACAGGGUCUCCCUAAAUCGCUAAGUUGUCUGCCUCAGCCUCCCUGAGUGCUGGGAUGAGAGGAGUGGGUUGGCACCCCUGGUAUCCCUGCUGUCAACUCCUGAAAGGCAAGGACACUGGCAUUUUCUUCCACAUCCUCUGGAGCCCCUACAAUGGUGGCCAGAAAGCAGAAGUCUCAGCAGAAGUGUGCUGAAGGGUCUUGGGGUCAAGGCUGGGGUCCAGCUGCCGUCCAGGCUGAGAGGGACCCUGGGCUUCAUUCCCCAGCAUUAGAACCCCCAGGCUGUGAGAGGGAAGUGUGCUGAACAGAGUAAGAGCUUGACUGAGUGACCCCAAGGAGGUCCUUGCUGGUGUCUUCCAGCCCCAACUUCCCCUCUGCCUCAGGUUGGCCAGGGAAGGGACAACUGUCACUCAGGCCUGGCCUCGGGCUGUGGGAAGGAAGCAGAAGAUGCAAUGUUUGCCUGGGAGAUGAGUGGGGCGCCCUGAGGUGAGGCCCAGCAGAGCACGACAGGCGAGUGGGCGGCCCUUGGGACCCACAGCAAGGUGGCCUGUCCCCUUGAUUCUGAAGGAAAACUCCUCCCGGAGGGGGAAAGGCGACUUCCCCAGGAUACAAAAGGGCGGCUUUCAGGUUGCAGAGAAUCUGAAAACCUUUCUGUCCUUCACUCCAUCACUUUUUGAAUCUCAACCCAGGCCCGUCCCCUCCAUCCCUCUCUAUAUAGUUUCCUUUUCUUCUUUCUUUUAAACUUCUUGGUUUGAAAAGCGACCCUUUCCCGGAUCAGGGCAGCAGUCAGCCCGUUUUCUUUCUUCCUUCCAGCCCCUUUCCCUGGGGCCCACAGCACACUCACCCCUCACCCCGGCAGGGAGAUUUGCACGCGAGCCCCCGCUCCGACCCUCGAGAACUUGGCGGGGGCGCCCCCCCCCGCGCGCGCGCGGCAGCCCCGCCCCACCACUUUCGGGGGCCCAGGCUCGGGCACCCCCUCUCGCGAGGCCCAGUCUGGAAGCUCUCAGGAGGCGGAGGGCGGCACUGCAGAGCUCGUAUCCUCAGGCCCGCGACCCACCCCGACCCCAUUAACUUCCGAUCACAACUCCCCAGCUCCGCUGCACAUUCUGGACUGGGGGUGUGGGCGCGCGGCUGCUGUCCCCUGCCCCCCACCCGAGUUCCCGAGUCUGUCACUCGGAAGGGCCACUGCCACCGAGAACCAUAAUGGGCUCCUUUGUGCUCCUGCAGGGCAAUUAUGCCCCGGUCUCCGGGCCCCUUUAAGAGCCUCUUAAAGAGACAGGCUUCCAUUUUCAGAGGGUCGUGGAAGGGUGCGAGCAGGGGGAGGGGCCAGGCGAGCCCCAGGGCCUGAGCGCGGGGUUAGGCAGCACGUCGGCCCAGGCUCCGCCAGAAGGGGCAGAGACAAAAGUCUGUAAGUUGCUAGUUCUUUUUUUUUUUUAAGUAAAAAAGUUUUAAUUCGAAGUUUUUGAUUUGCAACCUCGAACGGGAAGGGGGCAUCUGGAGCAACAGGGACAGGGCAGCGUCCUCCAGGUGGCUUGGGGGCCGGCGUCUGAGUUCGGGGACAGGGUCUCUGGGGCCCUGGCGGAGCCCCCCCACCCACUGCCUGUCUCUUUAAAAGCGGGGGGGGGAGUGGUCCUGGGCAUUCGGUUUCGGGUCUCAUUACGGCCAGCGACCAAUCAGAGCCCGGGGCGGGGCCCUAUUUUGAAUCUGAUUGGGCCGGCGCACAUUGGGGCCGGCGCUGAGCGCUCGACGGGGAGGUUUCAAGGAUCCCUUUGGGGGGAGGGGGUAGGCGGGGCCGCCGGCGGGGGCCUCCUUGAAACCGACUAAUUGGGAUCGGAGAGGCCAAGGUGAGACUGCUGGAGGCACAAAGACGUCCGCUGGAGGAGCCGGAGGAGCAGAGCCCUGACUCGGCGGGCACGGGCCGAGUUCGCGCGGGCCCGAGGGGGCCGGGCCGGGCCGGGCCGUCCCGCGCUCCUGGGCAGCAUGCGGCCCCGCCGCGCUCCGCCCCGCCUGCUGCUGGCGCUGCUGCUCCCGCCGCUGCUGGUGCUGCGCGCGCGCGCCGAGCGAGGCCUGUCGGUGCCGGAGCACGGCUUCUGCCAGCCCAUCUCCAUCCCGCUGUGCACCGACAUCGCCUACAACCAGACCAUCCUCCCCAACCUGCUGGGCCACACGAGCCAAGAGGACGCGGGGCUGGAGGUGCACCAGUUCUACCCGCUAGUGAAGGUGCAGUGCUCUCCCGAGCUGCGCUUCUUCCUGUGCGCCAUGUACGCGCCCGUGUGCACCGUGCUGGAGCAGGCCAUCCCGCCGUGCCGCGCCAUCUGCGAGCGCGCGCGCCAGGGCUGCGAGGCGCUCAUGAACAAGUUCGGCUUCCAGUGGCCCGAGCGCCUACGCUGCGAGCUCUUCCCGCGCCACGGCGCCGAGCAACUGUGCGUGGGGCAGAACCGCUCGGAGGACAGCGCGCCGGGUACCGCGCCGCCCGGGCCCGCGCCUGGCACCGCGCCCGCCUCGCCCGCGCCUCGCCCCGCCUCGCCGCCCGCGCCCCCGUUCCGCUGCCCGCGCGUGCUGCGCGUGCCCGCCUACCUGAGCUACCGCUUCCUGGGCGAGCGCGACUGCGCCGCGCCCUGUGAGCCGGCGCGCCCCGACGGCGCGCUGUUCUUCUCGCAGGAGGAGACGCGGUUUGCGCGCCUCUGGAUCCUCACUUGGUCCGUGCUGUGCUGUGUCUCCACCUUUUUCACUGUCACCACCUACCUUGUGGACAUGCAGCGCUUCCGCUACCCUGAGCGCCCCAUUGUGUUUCUGUCCGGCUGCUACACCAUGGUGUCCGUGGCCUACAUCGCGGGCUUCCUGCUGCAGGAGCGCGCCGUGUGCAACGAGCGCUUCUCGGACGACGGCUAUCGCACGGUGGUGCAGGGCACCAAGAAGGAGGGCUGCACGCUGCUCUUCAUGGUGCUCUACUUCUUCAGCAUGGCCAGCUCCAUAUGGUGGGUCAUCCUGUCGCUCACCUGGUUCCUGGCGGCCGGCAUGAAGUGGGGCCACGAGGCCAUCGAGGCCAACUCGCAGUACUUCCACCUGGCGGCCUGGGCCGUGCCCGCCGUCAAGACCGUGGCCAUCCUGGCGCUGGGCCAGGUGGACGGCGACGUGUUGAGCGGCGUGUGUUUCGUGGGGCUGCACAGCCUGGACCCCCUGCGUGGCUUCGUGCUGGCGCCGCUCUUCGUGUACCUGUUCGUGGGCACGUCCUUCCUGCUGGCGGGCUUCGUGUCUCUUUUCCGCAUCCGCACCGUCAUGAAGCAUGACGGUACGAAGACCGAGAAGCUGGAGCGCCUCAUGGUGCGCAUCGGCGUCUUCUCCGUGCUCUACACGGUGCCGGCCACCAUCGUGCUGGCCUGCUACUUCUAUGAGCAGGCCUUCCGUGAGCGCUGGGAGCGCUCCUGGGUCAGCCAGCACUGCCGCAGCCUGGCCAUCCCGUGCCCCGCGCCCCACGCGCCGCGCGCCGCGCCCGACUUCACGGUCUACAUGAUCAAGUACCUCAUGACCCUCAUCGUGGGCAUCACGUCGGGCUUCUGGAUCUGGUCUGGCAAGACGCUGCACUCAUGGCGCAAGUUCUACGCGCGUCUGGCGCGGGGCCGGCGUGGAGAGACCACCGUGUGAGAGCGUGGGCGCCGGCGGGCCCCAACCCGAAGCCGGCCUUGCCCCUGCCAGGUCUGUAAUUGGAACUGUAAAUAGUCUUUGCAAAUGUAAUUAUAUAUUUUCUAUUUAAAAGAAAAAAGAAGAAAAAAAAGAGCAGGAGAGCUCCCGGCUGAAGACUGGGUGGGGUGCCGAGGCUGAGACCUGAGGGCCCCGGGCUGGGCCAGGGGUAGCUGGGAGACCCGGGGACACCAGAGCCGGUUCUGCGGCCCCUGCCCGCGCUGGGGCUUCGGAGCUGCGGGAUGUUUGGGGCCUAGACCUGGAUUCAUUUUGAGUUCCCUUUCUGCCCUUCCAUCCCAGCUCAUGUGCCCUGGGUCCGCGGUACUUGGAAACCUAAGGGAAGGGAAGAAAAAGAAUAAAUCAAACCUGAGGCGGGGGCGGGCGGACAGCGGACCGCGGAAGGGAGCAGCGGCCCGGUGCCCUCCUCUGCAGCUUUAAAGUCUGCGCCUCUCCUCCCUCAGCUCCUGCCGGAUCACUCCACACACACCCCACUUUGGUCCUGUCUGGACCCUCAGCCUUCGGACUUGGUGGGAAUUCAGGAGUUUUGAGGCCCUGCGUCUCUCCCCUCGUUCCCUGCAAUCCGAUGUCUCCCUGAAGUCUCCCCACUUCCCCCAGUCGACUGAAAGCCCUCCCUUGUUCAGGGUGGCCUUUGGGGGCUGGUUUGUGUGUUAUAAGUGGAUUUUUAUUGCUGUUUGGGGCCUUUGUUUUUUCCUCCAAAAAAAGCAAUAAAAAAUGGGUUGGGGUGGAGGGAAGUACUGAUGGGCUGGUGGGAUUUUCAGUCUUAACAAAAGACUGGUUUCUUUUAAAACUUGUCCAAAGGAUAGAAAAAAAAAGUGGGUGCCUGGCUGGGAGAAGGCUGGGGGCCCCGGGAGGCCGUGGGGUGGGCGGUGUUUACCACCGGUGCCCGCGUCUGGGGGGAUUCGCGGAACAGAUGUUUCUUAUCUUCCCCUCCCCCACGAAUGAGACCCAAGACUUUCCCCGCGAGCUGCCUGCGAAGCGGUGUAUAAAGUGUCUGCUGGCUUCCAACACAUCCGUUCCCUCAACUAUUUGGAAUAUUUUAGAAGUCUAAUUCCAAAGGAUCAGUCUGAAGACAACUGUGCCAGUAACUCAGUUUUCCAAUCUCCUAUUCCUUGAUAAUCGUGCAAAUUAGAAGCUAAUAAUUAUAAUAAACUGCAUUUAAUUAUC